AGCGAAAAUACGAAGAAGAAACCGACCGCCCGGAGAAUCUGAAUGUAAAGGCGUCCACGUUCGGAGACAGAGCGACAACAUCCAUAUUGAUUUUGUCGACCAAUCGCGUCUCCUUGGUCGCCGGCGUUGAAUACGUAAUCGGAUUUUCAAGGAACGAAGAGUAAGAGAGGCGACGGGAAGAGGAAAUGGUGAUGAAGAAAGCGACGACAUUGUUGGAUGAUUUGAUAGAGAACGCAGGAGGUUGUGCCGUCAUUGAUGGAGGUUUCGCCACGCAGCUUGAGAAACACGGUGCUGUCAUUAACGAUCCACUCUGGAGCGCUGUUUGCCUUAUUAAGGAUCCUGACCUAAUCAAGAAGGUCCAUUUGGAGUACUUGGAGGCUGGAGCAGAUAUUGUGGUUUCUUCAUCUUACCAGGCCACUAUUCCCGGGUUUUUAUCGAAGGGGUUGUCCACGGAAGAAGGGGAGUUGCUCUUAGAAAAGAGUGUUAAAUUGGCUGUGGAAGCUCGUGAUAGUUUUUGGAAUUCUGUGAAGAGUAUCCCAGGGCAUAAAUACAAUAGGGCUUUGGUUGCAGCAUCCAUUGGAAGCUAUGGUGCUUAUCUUGCUGAUGGCUCAGAGUACAGUGGGAAUUAUGGGCCAGAUGUGAAUGUGGACAAGCUGAAGGAUUUUCAUCGACGCAGAUUGCAGGUCCUUGUCAAUGCAUGCCCAGACUUACUUGCAUUUGAGACUAUUCCCAAUAAACUUGAAGCCCAGGCCUGUGUGGAGCUGCUAGAAGAAGAAAACGUCCAGAUUCCAUCUUGGAUCUGCUUUAGCUCCGUAGAUGGUAAGAAUGCCCCGUCUGGAGAGAGCUUUGAGGAGUGUCUUCGGGCUAUUAAUAAAAGUAACAAAGUAAAUGCAGUUGGCAUAAAUUGUACGCCUCCUCAUUUUAUUGAAGCUCUCAUUUGCAAGUUCAAAGAGUUAACAGACAAGCCCAUAGUUGUUUAUCCGAAUAGUGGCGAGGUAUGGGAUGGCAGAGCCAAAAAAUGGCUGCCAUCAAAUUGUUUUGGGGAUGACAAAUUCGAAUCAUUUAGUUCAAGAUGGCGCGAUUUGGGAGCUAAAUUCAUUGGAGGAUGUUGUCGGACGACACCAUCUACCACCCGAGCUGUUUCAAAGGUUUUGAAAGAAAGCUCAGAUUGAGGUGUUACGAGUUGUACUUCGCCAUACUUUAUUGACUUUAGAGAUUUUUACUGUAUCCAACUCAAAAGGCUAGUUAAAGAAAGCCCGCAGUUUCUCCUGCUCAUGAUAUUCGAAUAAAAUGGGGGUAAAAUAUUGUAACCUGUUACAUUUGUAGAUCAUAUUUUAUAUUUUAUUUCAAAGAAUGACAAAAA